AAGCUGGCCUUGAACUCGUGCUCCCGCCCGCCUAGGCCUCCCGAUUGCUGGGAAUGCAAGGGGGUGCAACCACCGUGGCUGGGGUCGGUCCUUUUAAAAUGUGAUACCUUCCCUCCUCCUUGGUGACUGACAGCUGGAAGCUACACGACCCUGCUGCUGGUCCUGUGCAGCAGUGAACCCUGUGUCCUCAGUUACUCUCCAAGUUGCCUGCAGUAAAAAUGAGCCAAGGACAGACAUUAACCUGAGGUGGAAGAGGAAGUUCUGACCGGGACUAAUGCGCUGAACUGGGUGUUUUUGUCCAUCUGUGGAAACUUCCCUAUAAUUCAUUUUUCUUUGCUGCAGUAUUAAGAAUUAUCUUAAAUUGAAAAGAUAUGAAUGAAUAUCCUAAGAAAAGGAAAAGGAAGACUUUACACCCUUCUCGUUAUUCAGAUUCCUCUGGAAUAAGCAGAAUUGCAGAUGGAUUCAGUGGAAUUUUUUCUGAUCAUUGUUACAGUGUCUGUUCUAUGAGGCAGCCAGACUUCAAAUAUUUUGACAGCAAAGAUGAUGAUUCUGACCCUGAGACAUCACAUGACUUGCCCAAAUUCACAGAUGGAAUUAAGUCCAGAAACAGAAAUCAGAGCUACCUGGUUCCCAGUCCUGUGCUUAGAAUUCUAGAUCAUACUGCCUUUUCUACAGAAAAGUCUGCUGACGUUGAAACUUGUGAUGAAGAGUGUGACUCACCUGAGCCAGUCCAGCAGCAAACUCAGGAAGAGAGCCCCAUCGACGUCCACGCCGCCGAAGAUGUCCCAAUUGCGGUGGAGGUGCACGCCAUCUCGGAGGACUACGACGUAGAGGCAGAGAACAACUGCUCGGAAGGCCUCCCCGAGCACAGCGAGGAGGAGCCGCCAGCCAAGCUCUGUAAGAUUGUUGACAAGAGCCAAGCUCUGAACGUGACUGCCCAGCAGAAAUGGCCUCUGCUGAGAGCCAACAGCAGCGGCCUCUACAAGUGUGAACUGUGUGAAUUCAACAGUAAGUAUUUUUCUGACUUGAAGCAGCAUCUCAUCCUAAAGCAUAAACGUACCGACUCCAACGUGUGUCGAGUGUGCAAGGAACGUUUCUCCACCAACAUGCUUCUGAUUGAACACGCCAAGCUGCACGAAGAGGAUCCGUACAUCUGUAAGUACUGUGACUACAAGACGGUGAUCUUUGAGAAUCUCAGCCAGCACAUUGCCGACAUCCACUUCAGCGACCACCUGUACUGGUGCGAGCAGUGCGACGCGCAGUUCUCCUCCAGCAGCGAGCUCUACCUGCACUUCCAGGAGCACAGCUGCGACGAGCAGUACCUGUGUCAGUUCUGUGAGCAUGAGACCAGUGACCCUGAAGACUUGCACAGCCAUGUGGUGAACGAGCACGCGUGCAAGCUGAUAGAGCUCAGUGAUAAGUAUAACAGUGGCGGGCACGGACAGUACAGCCUCUUGAGCAAAAUCACCUUCGACAAGUGCAAGAACUUCUUCGUGUGCCAAGUGUGUGGUUUUCGGAGUAGACUCCACACAAAUGUUAACAGGCAUGUGGCUAUUGAGCACACUAAGAUAUUCCCCCAUGUUUGUGACGACUGUGGGAAGGGCUUUUCCAGCAUGCUAGAGUAUUGCAAGCAUUUAAAUUCACAUUUAUCUGAAGGGAUUUAUUUAUGUCAGUAUUGUGAAUAUUCAACAGGACAAAUCGAAGAUCUGAAAAUCCAUCUAGAUUUCAAGCAUUCGGCUGACUUGCCUCAUAAAUGUAGUGACUGCUUGAUGAGGUUUGGAAAUGAAAGAGAGCUCAUCAGCCACCUUACAGUCCACGAGACAGCUUGACUCUUGUUCUUUUUACACAAUGUUUAUGUCAAAUAAUAAAUGCAGAUUUUUUCGAGAUGUUAAACUGAUUUUAAAUACAAUUUAGGAGAUUUCCCUUUAACAAGUAAGACUGUUUUCUUGGCAUUGCUACAUUUUUCAGUAUAUAAUUAAACCUUAACUGUGGCAUUUCA